UAAAUUUAUAUCCCUGUUAAAUCCAUCAAAAUGGCUUCUGCAAUGUCAAAAUAAGUGUGUCGCGCGAGUGUCAGUUUCAACAUACGCCUUUUUUAAAAAUAAUCUAGUUAGCAGAUGUAAGCUUUGUGUGUGUUUAUUUAUCAUACUAAAUCCAAGUAACCUUUGCAGGAACUUUUCAGUUUGAAGUAGUACAUCCACGUGAGCAUUACAGGAAUUUUACACUUUGUAAUAAUUUCCACAAUUGCAAAAAGAAUGGCUGAAAACGUUAAUUUAGAAGAUUCGGAGAAAUGUAUAAUUGAGCUAGAAUGUACGAAGGAUUCUCAGCCAUUCGAGCCACGUACUGUGACGGUCGUAGCUGGAAUUGAGCAAAUUGUUGGUCGCUAUCAUAACAAGAAAUCGAACGUACACCAGGAAGAAACUAGUCUUCUGUUUGAUAACCGUACACUAUCUCAGAACCAUGCUGCAUUAUUCUAUCAGGAUGGAAAGCUGUAUCUUAAGGAUCUAUGUAGCUUGAACGGGACACAUCUUAAUGGGAAAUUUAUUGGUCCCAAUAGAGAUAAUAAGAUCGAACCAACAGCACGAGAGUUGAAAACAGGUGAUAUAUUGCGUUUCGGAAGACGUCGUGUCAUUCAAAAACUUGGUGAAAUCGUUAAACCGAUUGAGGCAAAGCUGACAAUCAAACAUUCCGCAUCAUUUGAACAACCCAACGAUCAGGCCGAAGAUAGUAUGAUUUGUCAUUCACACUAUACACCCUUCGAAGGGCGAGAUUUGGACACAACUAUGAUAGCGGUUGAACAACCCAAGAAAGAAUUUAUUUCUUCAACUGUCGUAAAGGUAAUUAAAAGAAAUUCUAAGAGCGAAACUGUGGAUAUCACCGAACGAGCAACGGAAACGGAGGGAGUGAAUUCCCGCACCACAUCAACGCAAAUUUUACCGGAAGAGCUAGAGAAACAGACCAAAUGCGAAAGUUGCGAAUCUAUAUCAGAAGAGUUUUACAAAUAUCGAAAGCGAGCACUGCUAGUUAUCGCGUUAUGCUUGCUAGUUAUCAUAUUUUACCAGCUAUUUUGAUGCUUUUAAAGCUGCCAAUGGCAGGAAAGCGAAUUAGUCGUAAUUAUUUCGUGAGUGUUAUCCGUCGGAACACGAGUUUGUUAAAUAAAAAUUAAUAAUUUUACGAUUUUU